AUGUACCCGAAUCCGUCGAUUAAAGUGCUCGGAAAUCUGCAGGAUAGUCCGAAGCUACUAAUAACUACGACCACGUCGGGCGGCGCGCAGCAGAUUCUGCCGUGGAUUAUGUUCCACCGCGCGAUAGGUGUGCACUACUUCAUACUAUUCGUGGAGGGGAAGGCCUCUUCGCCGGAAAACGUGGCAAUAUUUGAGUCCAUGGAGGGCGUGACAGUGGUGCAGCGAACCAAGGAGCUUGAGGACCAGCAAGCCAAGAGCCGCGUGUGGAACGAGACAUGGCUUGCAUUCUUCUUCUACAAGCCAUGCAACUACGAGCUCUUUGUGCGCCAGUCCCUCAACAUGGAGAUGGCCAUCGUCUUCGCCAGGGUGUUGGGCGUGGAUUGGAUAUUCCACGUGGACACAGACGAGCUGCUCUACCCUGCAGGCACGCCCGAUUUCUCCCUGCAACGACUCAUCCACGACCUUCCCAGCGAUGUGGACCUCAUUGUCUUUCCAAACUACGAGAGUGUGGUGGAAACAGCUGAUGUGGGAGACUCGUUCACCGAGGUUUCGCUGUUCAAAAAGAAUUACGACCAUGUUACAAGGGAAGCCUAUUUCGCCCACUACAGGGAUGCAGCACAUGGCAACCCAAAUUACUUCCUCACGUACGGCAACGGCAAGUCAGGCGCCAAGAUGCAGGCCCACCUGAGGCCCAAUGGGGCGCACCGAUGGCACAACUACAUGAAGGUUCCCAAAGAGGUGAAGCUGAUGGAAGCGGCAGUGCUGCACUUCACCUACACUCACUUCUCCGACCUCACGUCUCGGCGGGACCGCUGCGGGUGCAAGCCCAACUCGGAGGACGUAAAGAAAUGCUUCAUGCUCGACUUUGACCGCCUGGCGUUUAUCAUUGCAUCCACACAGACAGAGGAGCAGAUGUUCCAAUGGUAUAAGGACCAUGUGGUGUGGUCAGACCGUGACAUGAUAGAGAAGCUGCUUAAAAAGGGGAUAUUUGGUCGCAUCCACACACCCCAG